UACACGAUAUUAUGGCUAGCUCUCUAGCUCUAAGCGCAAGCACAGCGGACACACCCAGUACCCUACGAUUGCAAGUGAAGGGGCGUGGCUUGUAAGACUGGGUGGGGGAGUGGCUUGUAGAUUGCUGAAAAGGUGAUCUAGACCUCUGGUUUCCUGGCCAUGGAACAAUCUGAAAAGACCAGUCUAUUGUCGACGCACCCCAUCAAUGGUGGAUCUGAUAAUAAUGUCACUGUACGCUCUACCAAUCAAUAUACCAAACUAACCGCCGAUGACAUCUUGAACUAUAUUGGUAUGGGUCCGUUCCAGCUGAUUGCUUUUCUCCUGACAAGCUUGACGUAUUUAUCCUAUGCUUUGGACUCAUCAAUAUUUGUAUUUCUCACAGACAGUGUUAUGCAAGAGUUUAAUCUCACGCAGACAUACUACACGGUUCUCCCGGCAACAACCGGACUAUCAAACGUAUUUGGUGCUUUCUUCUUCAGUUACAUGACAGACCGUUUCGGUCGUGUGUGGCCGUACAUGUUGUGCCUUAUUUGGAUCGGAGUAUUUAGUGUUGCCUCUGCAUUCGCUACAAGCUUCCCACUUUUGAUUGCAAUGCGUCUAUUGGCUAGUCUCGGAAUUGGUGGUGUGAAUGGACUGACUUUUCCAACUUUGGUCGAGUUUCUACCCGUGAAAAAUCGAGGAAAGAUUUCCGUGCUCGUACUGUUAAUUGGAUCCAUCGGUACUGUUGUGUCGACGGGGUUGGCCUGGUGGUUGAUUCCUAAUUAUACGGAUGGCUGGAGAUACUACAUUGCUGCUUGCGGUGUUCCUAUGAUAUUGGUCGCUUUAUUUCGGCUGGUGUUCUAUUUUGAAUCACCGCGGUAUCUAAUUACACGAGGAAAAACUUUGAAAGCAUGGAAAAUAUUUCGUAUUAUUGGCAAAUUUAACUUCAAGGACUUAAUGAAGUACAUGUCCUUUAAUGAGUUCAAAAAUGCAAUGGAAGACGAUCAAACAAGCAAUAUGAAACAGAAAGUAAUAUUUCUUCAGCUGCUUGAGAUUUUCAAACCGAAGUACCUCCGUAUAACUCUAUCGUUAACAGUUAUUAAUAUUACUGAAAGUUUUGGUUAUCUCAGUUCGCAGUUAUUCUUGCCUGAAUUUGUCGAAAAAUUAAACGUUGAUAAAUAUUUCACUGUCUUGGUUUCGGCUCUGGCCCAAAUUCCCGGACUGCUACUAAUGUCAAUCAUCAUCGAAUGGCCAAGAGUGGGUCGAUUGAACACUCUUCGAUUGUUCGCCAUUCUCAGUGCCGUCUCGUUCCUUCUCUUGGCUCUGAUCCAGACGGACAUUUCCAUUCCCGUUCUGGUCGUGUUCAUCUAUUUCAGUUCUUGUCCAAAUCUCUCACUUAUCUACACGUACGUGUCAGAAGUCUACCCAACCCAAAUUCGGUCCGUGUCGACUGCGUAUUUCUAUACCCUCCAGGCACUAUCCUAUCUUGUAGGUGCCUUUAUAAGUAAUGCUGUGUUGACUGUGCGAUUUCAUUGGUUGUUUCCAGCUGUUUGGAGUUUAAUAUUUUGUAUUCAAUUUAUAGCUGCUCUGGCACUGAAUUACGAACCUUAUAAUAAGAAACUGAAAGAUACUUUGUAAGUUUAUUUGUGCAAGAAAAUCAGACGUCUACAUGUACAUGUAAUUUUAUCAUAUGUACAGAAUUGAUAAUUUGAAGUGCA